AUGAUCGCCACGGGCGGCCUGCUGCGCAUGAACCGGCGCCAAGAUUCCCUCCGCUCCAAGAACCGAGCGGAAAACAAGCGGAAGCGGAAACCGAAGAAGAAGAAGAACGACGUGGUGGUGGUGAAGGGGAAGCUUAACCUGUGCUCCCCGGCCGGUUUGGUGGCUGCCGUUGGAGUUAUGGUUCUCAUGGUGGGGAUUUCUAUGGCCGUACUGGGCUACUGGCCCAGUCAGAACCAGCAGGAGUACCAGGAGCGGCGCAGAAUGGGAGUGUACCACAACAACAGGAUGAGCUUCUCCAAGAGUCCAGCUGCUGCCUCCAACCUCACCCACGACAAGGCUCCCUCCGUCCGGAACCAGAGCCACGCUAACCGCAGCGCCGCCGAGCCCUCCCCUCACUGUGGCUUCCUCUGUGACUUCCUGAACAAUCACCUGUACUCGGACAAUCUGAAAGUCUUCGGCCCGCUGGUGAUGGGAAUCGGCAUUUUCCUCUUCAUCUGCGCCAAUGCAGUCCUCCAUGAAAACCGCGACAAGAAAACCAAAGUCAUCAACCUGAGGGAUAUCUACUCCACGGUGAUAGAUCUGCACAGCAUACGGUCGAAGGAGCACCCCCCCCUCAACGGCUUGGUGAACUACACUCAGUCGAGGAGCGCCGAGCCCCCCCCGGCCUCCUUACCUUCCAGUGGGUUGCUCACCCGCAGCUCCUGGCCCUCCACCGGACUUGGUUUCCAGGGGGAGUUGGGAGGCGAGGAGGUGUUCCGACGCCAGUCUCUGGCCGGCCGGCCUCGCAGCUGGUCCAGAGACGUCCAGACCUUCACAGAAACUGUCUACAGCAUCUACAAAGACUACAGCAAUAGCACCAAGCCGGCGCCACAGCCCCGGCAGUGGGAGACCACCUCCAUCGUCACCUCCUCCGUGAACGCUUUCACCCUCCCUGUGAUCAAACUGAACAACUGUGAGGUGGAGGAGUCGGAGAGGGCGGAGGCGGGGGGGCACUCAGGAGAAGGGGUCGUCAUCGAGGCCGCUGCUGGAAGCAUUAGCGCCGAGGGACAGGCCGGCAGCAGCCACACUUACCAGGCCGGCACAGAGGAGAAGGACGCCUCGACCGCAGAUCAUCCCCCAGCCCGUCACAGCCACGAGGACUUAGCCACGGACACCGCUGACCAGCAGGGGGCGCCGCAACCACAGUGGACACAGCUGUUUCCCCCAUCGCCUGUUGCCAGGGCGAUGGGGUCGCGGCUGUCGCUCAACUCGCUCACAGAUCAGCCCAGGGCCGUGCGACGCUGCAGCAUGUCUGUGUCUGUGGGUUGUCAAGGCGACCGCGGCCGGCGCUUCAGCUGCCCUCGGCUGGAGCGCUCCAACAGUAAGGGCUACAUCAAACUGACUGAUCUGGGGGGCGAGUCCUUCGAAGCCCCCGACACAGACACCUCUUUAGUGGCCAUCGAACAGGAAGUAGCAGCGGACUCAGUUGUAGCAGCAGCAGCAGCAGCAGCGGCGGCGGAGGAAGACGCUCAGGGAGAGGACGACCUGGUGACACCCGGCACCUCCGCAGAAUACUAG